CCGCCCACCCGGAGCCACCAAACUGUUAAACUGCCAAGUCCAGGGUGGGCGUGACACCCUGAGGGAGGGGCCAGGAGGGCACAAGGAAGCCAUAAUGGACGAGGGGAGUUCAGUGGGCUCGACCAUGUUCAGCUGGGUGAGCCGCGACGCGCGUCGGCGCAAGGAGCCCGAGUUGUUCCGCACCGUCUCGGAAGGGCUGAAGCAGCUGUACGCCGGCAAGCUGCUGCCGCUGGAGGAGUAUUACCGCUUCCACGACUUCCACUCGCCGGCGCUGGAACCCGCCGACUGGGAGAGCAAGCCCAUGGUGCUGCUGGUGGGCCAGUACAGCACCGGCAAGACCACCUUCAUCCGGCACCUCCUGGAGCAGGACUUCCCCGGCAUGCGCAUCGGGCCCGAGCCCACCACCGACUCCUUCAUCGCCGUCAUGGGCGGGGAGACCGAGGGCGUCAUUCCGGGCAACGCUCUCGUUGUCGACCCGCGGCGACCCUUCCGCAAGCUCAACGCCUUCGGCAACGCCUUCCUGAACAGGUUCAUGUGUGCCCAGCUACCCAAUCCUGUUCUGGACAGCAUCAGCAUUAUCGACACCCCUGGGAUCCUGUCUGGAGAGAAGCAGCGGAUAAGCAGAGGCUAUGACUUCGCAGCCGUUUUGGAGUGGUUUGCCGAGCGGGUGGACCGCAUCAUCUUGCUUUUCGAUGCCCACAAGCUGGACAUUUCAGAUGAGUUCUCAGAAGUGAUCAAGGCCCUGAAGAACCAUGAGGACAAGAUCCGGGUGGUUCUGAACAAGGCGGACCAGAUCGAGACGCAGCAGCUCAUGAGGGUCUACGGCGCCCUCAUGUGGUCCCUGGGCAAGAUCAUCAACACGCCGGAGGUGGUGCGGGUCUACAUCGGGUCCUUCUGGUCCCACCCGCUCCUCAUCCCGGACAACCGGAAGCUCUUUGAAGCCGAGGAGCAGGACCUCUUCAAGGACAUCCAGUCCCUGCCCCGCAAUGCUGCCUUGCGGAAGCUGAAUGACCUCAUCAAGAGGGCCAGACUUGCCAAGGUCCAUGCUUACAUCAUCAGCUCCUUGAAGAAAGAGAUGCCCAACGUCUUUGGAAAAGAGAGCAAGAAGAGAGAGCUGGUGAACAACCUGGGUGAGAUCUACCUGAAGAUAGAACGGGAGCACCAGAUCUCACCGGGGGACUUCCCCAACCUCCGCAAGAUGCAGGAGCAAUUGAUGACGCAGGACUUCAGUAAGUUCCAGCCACUGAAGCUGAAAUUGCUGGACGCUGUGGACGACAUGCUGGCCAACGACAUCGCUCGCCUUAUGGUGAUGGUGCGGCAGGAGGAGUCGCAAAUGCCAGCCCAGGUUGUGAAGGGCGGGGCCUUCGAGGGCACCAUGAACGGGCCCUUUGGCCACGGCUACGGGGAGGGCGCCGGUGAAGGCAUAGACGACGUGGAGUGGGUGGUGGGCAAGGACAAGCCCACCUACGACGAGAUCUUCUACACCCUCUCCCCCGUCAACGGCAAGAUCACGGGGGCCAGUGCCAAGAAGGAGAUGGUGAAGUCCAAGCUGCCCAACACAGUCUUGGGCAAGAUCUGGAAGCUGGCGGAUGUGGACAGGGAUGGUCUUUUGGACGACGAAGAGUUCGCCCUGGCCAACCACCUCAUCAAGGUCAAAUUGGAGGGCCACGAGUUGCCCGCCGAACUGCCCACUCACCUAGUGCCCCCCUCUAAGCGCAGGCACGAAUGACACGUUCCCCUCCUGGGAGGCUGCCUUUGACUUUGACCACUCUGCUUUGGGGGCUGGACUGCUGCCCCCAGGAGCUGGCUUUUGAACUUCCCCACCCUGUGAGAACAAAACAAACAAAAAAUACCCUUCUUGAAUGAAAGGAAGCCCAUGCACAGUAACUCUUUGAGAAAUUUUUAAUACAUCUGCUACGUUAUAAGGCAAUAAUCUGUUCCUACCUGUGGUGUUGGGGAGAACUCUCCUUCUACCUCAGAUGGAGUACAAAGGUGCUGUUCCCCAGAAGGGAGCCUUGGGGGUGGGGGGGUGGGAGAGAGGGGCCUUUUCUCUUCAGCGUUACAGUCACAGAAGCUAGUCGUUGUGGGUGGCCUUGUUCUCUGUCUCUCACCCUUGAGAGCGGUUCACCUAGAUCCCUCGUGAUGCAGUGUCUUCCUUCUGUCUGUGACUAGUUAGUAUUGGGGCUGGGAUGUUGGAAGGAACAACAUAACACAGACAUGUUAUUCAUGACACACACAUAAUACACAUUAGUGCUGCUUUUUUUGCCUUGGCUUGUCAAGCCCUUAUUCACCUGUCCACCUGAAAGGUGUGAGAACCUCCAAAGCACUCUUCCUCACUACCAACGCCAUCAGUUGCAUUUUAUGCAGGUACACACCAUACCCGUUUCACAUGUGCGUGUCCCACUUUUCCUAAUGGUUAGACCGCAUCGCCUUUUUUCUGGAGCCAGGAGAGUUUGGAGAGCACCUGUUCACCUCCCACCUUUCACUCACUGCCUCUUCUUGCUGGGCCACCUGGUCUUGGUUUGGUACUGUUCAUGCCCCUUGACCAAUACCCAUGCUGGUUUUAGAGAUUGCUCAGUUAAUCUUUUCCCUAGCCCUGGGGCCUGCAAUAAUUCCCUGAUGCCUGGACAGGCCUUCCCGCAGAGAGGGGUGGGUCUCCUUGAAGCCUGAAGGUUCUGAUAACACAAGCUGGCAGCUCUGAAGCGAGGCUUCUGUGCCUUCACUUAAACCACGGAAGUGUUUCAGCAAUAAAUGGUGAUUUCUUAACCACAGUGGUGAUCGAGAACUUGCUUAAGCUUCUCCAGUCUGAACACACCUCCUUGGACUUCCUCUGUUUCCAAGGAGAUCCGUUUCCCCUCCCCCAGAUCAAGAAGAGGGAGGUAUGAAACCAUUCUUUGGCCGGGAUGAGUGGGAAAUGCAUUGAAUUGAAUGGUGAUUAUGUCCUUGUGAGACUCCUCAUGGGCUUUGACAGGCCUCUGUGCCUACACAUCUGUUGAACAUGGUCUCGGACCCACGAUGGCUCAAGAUCUCUGCAGCUAACGAUGGAAGAAUCAGUGUUGUGGAAAUCACAUGGGACUGGGGUGGGAAUUCAUGACGUUUCUGAAGGAAGGUCAUGACAGCUGUGAGUGCUCUCAGGGCUGCUAUGGAGAAAGGGGAGGGGUCUGAGGGAAUGACUUCGCAGUCUUUAAUGCAGGCUUGCGAGGGGCUAUUACAGCUGUGUUCUGUUUGUUAGGCACACACUACCCAUGAAGUCUGAAGGAAGGGGGGGGGGAAAUGUCUGCUUGUGUUGCAGGACGUGGUCAUCUUUAUCUGCAUGAGAACUGCUGAGGAUUGGAUUGCCUUAGCCAGGGGGAGGGAGUCGAGAGUGCAACCAGCCUCUCAUUUGCGGGGGUGGGGGAGGAUGUGUAGGGAGGUCUGUUUAAAUAUCCCGCCCAUUUCCCUGGCAUUAAAGUUUAUUUGAAGCUCUG